GUGAUGUAUAGCUUGGAAAUGCUGAUCAUCUUCCGCUGUGACACCUCGACCAUGAAUUUGUCCUUUUGAGAAAAUGUCAAGUAUUUUUGUUCUCUUAAAGGUGGGAUAGCCUGUCCGCCUAUGUUUUUCUCCCCCACUGAACAAAUUAAUUCCGUUAUUGUGAAGUCUCCCCUGACAACCCCCGUAGACGGGUAACUGUUGUCAUUGGCAAGUCAUUUCAAUGCAUUUCUACAAGAUACUGCACAAGCAAGAAUGACGGAGAUUGAUGUACUUCUGCAAAGCACUUUUAGGAGAGCGACAAACGCGACCAAGCGCAGGCAGCUGUGAAAUUAUAAUAUCUGACCACACGUUGGAUUUCGGCGGAGUAGAGAGGAAACGCUACUUAACCCCAGACCUCGCACAGCCGUCGCAGUAGAAGAGCCAGAACUGAGAAACGACCCUUAUUGGCUUAAAGACUCUCGCUAACGGUAGAUCUCGACGCACAGAGGCGUUCCUGACUCAACCCAUUAAGCCUGGUGCCUCACGAGAGGGGCAUGACAACAAUUAAUCUAUCAGAUACCGCUUCCUUCAAGCUCUGUUGAGGUUCACUUUUAACGUGGCUGACGCAUGGAGUAGGUCGUGUUUUCUUGGACUCACUGACUUUUUGCGUCGAUUUUUGAUAAAGUACGAAAAAGAAUAUUGUGGGACCCGGACAAGUGAGAUUAACCGCUGAUUGUUGAAGCCAACAUCGAUAUCACCGCGGACUGGGACAUACCAUGUUAAUAUGGGCUCUCGGUAGUAAUAACAGUUUUACCGUCACUACCAGAACGACCACUGAAAACGCCGCGAUUUAAUUAUUUUUACUACAGAAGUAGCAUUGUCGUUGACGCACUACGCUGUCUACUAUCGUAGGACUUACACUCGGUGACGACUGGAAGUUAAAGAGAGAUUUAGCGUAGCCCCGAGGGCGAUAUUUCUUUUAACGGCUGGGAAUCCACUUCAGUCAACUGCCUGCCCCGAGGCGGUGCACAGCCAGCCUGCGUAGUAGUAUUUCUAUAAUUACUGAAGAAUAAUUUCACAAGCUGCAUUGAUUCAAGUGUCAAGUGGUCCAUGUGCAAGGAAAGGAUAGGGGAAAAACCUGAAACGAUCCUGCGAACGACUUGCCUCACGAACGGACACGGUACAUUAUGUCAAAGCAGGCCAACGCGAAGAAAUAUGCGGAUAACUCUUAGAUUUCGUUCCUCUCUCAGCGCCGAGAGUGUGCUAUCGUACCUCUAUCUCCUAGGAGCAAUAUGGAGUGUAUUCUCCGCCCCUCUUUCGGCGGACAUCGCCUCACAGCCUGUAAGCAUUGUCAUGGCGGAGGCCCCUCCAACACACAGGACAUUAUGGCUGUUACACAGACACAGGAGAAAAACGAAUGGGAAUAUCCCGAGAGCACAGGGAUCACCACAGGGACCCAGCUCCCCAGCUUUUCAUUCAAAUCCUCAGUCAUCGUCUGCUUCAAAUGUUGCACUCUCCGCCGCAGACGAUCUUUCAGGGAAGUGGAGAGGUAGCGGUAGUGGAAGGGGGCGAGGUAUGCCCGUUGCUAAACAAUUCUUCUCUCAAAUUAUCAAAAAGAACGCUGGGUCCGGUUCGAGCAGACGAGCCGACCUAGCGCUUUCCAGACUGGCAGUUCUAUCCGGGCAGCAGACGGGUUCAAGUCAAGGAGACAAUGCCUCUCUGCCGCUCUCUUCCAUUCCGUCUUCAACUCACGGGACAAAUCCCGCAGACAAUUCAGAAGCAGACGAUACCAGUAUUCCUAGCGCUCCCGCCAUGGCGGAAGGCGCAAACUCAGUCUCAGAGGACGGAAAAUCUUCGGAGAAUACAUCGAUUGUCUCUCUACACACAGUUUCGGAAAGGUCCUCAGAUGCAGGAACAGAAGGCGACGUCACGCACAGGACAACACGAGCUGUACCACGGGAAGGUCGAAUGCACAUCAUAUCCGUGGAUGAGUUUGAGAGAAUGGUAGAUUCAGAAUGUGAGAAUGCACCAGAUGAUAUAGAGGUCAAGGUCGAGGGCGACAUUAUGCUCAACAAAGAAGAUGCGUGCGCAUAUGUCGAGGACUCUCUUCCACUUUAUAAAAAGAAAAAGAAACGAAGAAAAAAGAGAAAAAUUACCCCCGUGGCAUCCAAACGGUGGGAUUUACGUGUACCGAUACCUUUCAUGUUCGACGGAUCGCACG